AUGUCGACCAAACCCCAACCGCAAGCCGCCAACAACAGCUCGUGCGUGCUGUACCUGGGCGCUAUCCCUUACAACUGGGACGUCGAGAUCAUCAAGUCCGUCGUCUGCGGGUCUGGUCCUGUUGUUGAUGUGCGUUGUAUGAUGGACAACGCUUCGAAAAACAAAGGGUUCUGUUUCGUUGAGUAUGCAACGCCGGACGCGGCUGCCCACGCGCUGCAAAUCCUGUCCAAGAUCAAGAUCGAGGGCCGCAAGAAGCUCAGAAUCGAGCUGUCCAAAGAGGGCCUCAGAAACCCCGUCCCGGGCCAGAAGCCGGAGCUCCAGCUCAACCGGAACUUCCUCCCAUCCAACGUCAUCUUGCCGCAGGAGAUGUUGACUGCAAACCCAAACCUACCGCCGCAGUACAACACCUACCAGCAGGCCGUUCCGUCGUCAGCCGCUUCCUCCAACUCGUCGGGUUCGACGCCUUCCGGCACGGCCAACAAUCCGUUUGGAAGCAGGUUUGCAGGCCAGAACAGCGAUAUGUUGGCCACCAUAUCCUCCAACCCGCAGUUGCAGCAGAUGGUGAGCCAGAUGAUCUCGAACGGAAUGGACAUGACCCAGAUCGGGAAUGUGGUCCAGCAGUUCAACAGACAACAGUCGACCGGUUCGCAGGCAAACGGGUCGUCCCAGUUCAUUCCCACCAACCUGUCGAUGGCAUCCCAAUUUUUGCCGCUUCCGCAACAGUCGCAGCAGCCAAUCUACGCCAAGGACAAGGUCUCGGAGACGCUGGCUACUAUUCCUCCAGGAAUACUAAUUGAGCUGCUGGCCAAGUUGAAACUCAUUGUGUCCGGGCCUUCGCCGAACUACGCCGAAGCCGCCCAGAUCCUCCACUCCAACCCAAAACUGGCUGUGGCUGCCGCCCAGUCGCUGCUCCUGAUGGGCGUCGUUGAUCUCGACGUGAUCAACCAAUCGAUGUCUGCACAGCCCCAGGCUACUUCUGCAGAGCCGGCUGUCGCUCCAAUAGCCGGCUCCAGCGCUGCGCCGCCUACAUACUCUCCGUUCAACCCGACCUCGCACCAGUCAACCCCGUCUCCUGCGUCCACUCAACAGGCUCCUGCUACCACUCCUUCCCCUGUCAAUCUCGACAACGUCAACCCUGACUGGAAGGGUUUGCCACGGGAAACCAUUAACAAACUAAUGCAUAUCAACGAGCAGGAAGCCAGUUUGAUUGUCCAGGUUUUGAAGCUGACACCGCAGCAAAUCGACAUUCUACCUGAUAACGAGCGUGUCAUGGCCAACCAGAUUAGAGCCCAGUACUUAUAG